CGCCAUCUUUGUUAGGGGCAGACCAGGUUCUGCGAUGCCGAAGUCGUGCGCAGCCCGGCAGUGCUGCAACCGCUACAGCAGCCUGAGGAAGCAACUCACCUUCCACCGGAGUCCAGCCCUGGACACCCGCCCAUCUUCUAUCAGCUGGAAUCGGGACGCGCAUCUGUUUCAUGAUGUUCCCAUUCAGCCGGCCGGAGCUGCUGAAGGAAUGGGUGCUCAACAUCGGCCGCGCCGGCUUCAGGCCCAAGCAGCACACGGUCAUCUGCUCGGAGCAUUUCCGGCCCGAGUGCUUCAGCGCCUUCGGGAACCGCACGAACCUGAAGCACAACGCGGUGCCCACCGUGUUCGCCUUCCGGGAGUCCGCGCAGGACGCAGAACCCACACUCGGUGGAGAUGCUGGCCCUCGGGAUAAGGUCCGCCCCAAGGUGGGGGUCGGGGAGCACAGCCCUGAUGGGAGCCUGGAUGCCACCCGUGAGGAGCUGCAGCUGCAGCCUGGAACCAAGAUGCCCGUGGCACAGGCUGCAGGAAGCCCCAGAGCCCCAUAUCCCGGGCAGCCACCUGACCACAGCUAUGCGCUCCUGGAUGCGGCCGCCCUGAAGGGGAAGCUCGUGCGCACACUGCAGGAGAAUGCGGCACUGCGCAGGCGCCUCCGGGCCCAGAGGCUGCUGCUGCGCAGGAUGUGUGGCCGCCUGCGAGCUGCAGAGGGGCGCCGGGGACCCCGGCCCAGCCCUUCCUAGCCGCCAAGCCCUGGGGCCCUGGCUUUGGACGCUGAGUGAUGGGCAGGAGCCACCAGCAGGGCAUGGUGUGCUGUGCACCACACACCUGAAGCCACGUGCUUGGCAGUGCCUAAGGCCAGGACCACCCAGUCCUUCUGAAUUGUUGGGCCAGCAGCUGGGGACAAGGGGUCGCAGGGCCACUUGAGAAUAAAGGGACUGUGCUGCAGAGCAUCCUGCACCCAAGCUUGGCCUGCCAGCAAUUUCCUGUGGCAGCCUGUCUGCAAAGCACCAGCGACUAAGCUCAGGGAGCUGCCAGCGCCCUUGUCCAUGCAGCCCAGGCUGGGUCCUGGGCACGGGAGAUGGGCCAGGCCAUGGGGAAUGAGAUGCUGCGUGUACGCAGAUUUCAGGGUAUUUAUUGUUUGGUGCCGGGCAGUGCACGCAGGUGACACAGAGCCUGGCCCCCAGGGGUCUCUUGCAGCAUGGGAUGCGGUGGCCCCUACAAUGGACAGAGCAACUCCCAUUUAAAACUGAGAUGACAAGGCAAAACUGGUCUGGGCUGCUCUUAAAAACCGGAGGAGGGGACUGUUCGCAGGGACACGGACACUGGUGCUGACAGCAGCAGCGGGUGCCAGGCCCAGGUCGGGGUGCCCCAGGGCGCUGGUGAUGGCCCAGCAGAAGCCUGGAGGGGGCUGGGCUUUUCCACGACGCCACAGCGCCACUUGCUGGGCGCUGCCAGGAGGCACAAGGCCUGCGGGCCUGGGGUCCCGAGUGUGCCCUGGUCCUGCUGGCUUUGCCUCUUCCCCACGGUGCCCCACAUUCCAGGACGGUGCUGAGCGGGGGCAGCCCAGGCCCUGGACCAACAGCUCCGGUCUGAGUCCAGGGCUGAGGAAUGCUUCGAGAGGCUCUGGAGCGGGGAAGAAAGAGACUCAUCUCCAACCUGUGUGUUCCUGGAUAAAAAGCAGUUUUAUAGCCCGUGUCCUCUGGCCCGGUGAUUCAGCAGAGAAAGGGGUGCGGACCCCUUUGGCAGACGUCCGCUCAGGGAUGCCACCCCUGGCCUUGCUGCACUCCCUGCACUCUGGACUCAUGGGACCAGGGCGCCCCAAAUGGCUCUGGCUGGGCCAACCCGCUGGGUGCAGGCUGGGACCUGCCCUCUGGGGCUGCGAUCCUGGGGUGCCCGGGGCCUGGCACAGGGUGGCGCUGUCCUGGUCCUCCCUGCAGCACCCGUGACAUGGCCUCUGUGUGUCCCUGCACAUAAUUCACGUGGUACCACACCUUCUAGAGGAAUAAAAUAAAAUAGAGCAUCUGA